AUGAUAUAUACUCAGAUCGUAGAAUGGGCCUUCGGCAAGCGCAUGACACCAGCAGAGCGUUUAAGAAAGCAUCAGCGUGCACUAGAAAAGACGCAGAGAGAGCUCGAUCGGGAAAGAGUGAAAUUGGAAAACCAAGAGAAGAAAUUAGUUGCAGAUAUCAGGAAGAGCGCUAAGAAUGGAAAUAUGGGAGCGUGCAAGAUACAGGCGAAAGAUCUAGUGAGAACGCGAAGAUACAUCCAAAAGUUCUACUCGAUGCGAACACAACUUCAAGCUAUCUCCUUACGGAUACAAACGGUACGAUCAAACGAGCAAAUGGCCCAGUCGAUGAAGGGUGCCACAUCUCUCCUAGGCUCAAUGAAUCGGUCUAUGAAUCUGCCGGCACUACAGCGAAUAGCGAUGGAGUUUGAGAAAGAAAAUGAUAUUAUGGAUCAGCGGCAGGAGAUGAUGGACGAUGCUAUAGAUGAUGCGACGGGCUUAGAGGACGAAGAAGAAGGUGAAGAGGUGGUCAAGGAGGUGUUGGAUGAGAUUGGGGUGGAUUUGGGACAGGCGAUGGGCGAGACGCCUUCAGGCUUGCAGAAGAACACCGUGGCAGAUGGUCGGGUCGCGGAGGCCAUUGGAGGGACCACUGAAGGCGGUGGAGGUCCAGACGAUGAAUUGCAAGCUCGGCUGGAUAGUCUACGGCGCUAA